CAAAUACCUUGAUAAAGAUUGCAAUCCAAACAAUAUAAAUAUGAUCACUAAAUAGCUAGAUAGAAAUAAAAUAAAACGAGAGGAAAAGGAGAGAGAAGUCUACUAAGUCAUGAGCACUAGAAGAAAUCUCUAUCUUUUCUUCGACGACUGUUGACCUGACAGCAUCCAAGUCAAGAACACUGAUAGUGAUAACAAAAGGGAACUUGAUACUUCACCAAUGGCUUCCAAAAUCAAUGAAUUAAAUCAAAGAGUUGAGUUAAUUGAAUCGAAUGUUGCAUCCGGGUUUGAACGACUAGAACGAAUGCUCGAAAGUGUAUUAACUCGUAACGAACGGUCGGAAAUCGGUUAUCGAAAGUCACAACAACGUUUUAGCAAAAGCAACUCUUUACGUAAUCAGAACAAUCGUAGCCAGCUGCAAAGAAUUAGCACAAACAUAAGCAAAAUAAAAGCAAGAAAUGAUUUUGCAUCAAUAAAUUUCAUAAAAAGUACAGAAAUACCAGCUAUAUAACUAAAAAGGUAUCAGCACAGACAACGCA